UUUGUGAAUGACAUCAUUUCUGCGAGAAGUGCGCUGGGAUACAAACAAGGGAGGCUGCUGCUCGCUAGCCUGCUAAUGCAAGGUCCUGUCGUACGAGCGCAAGACUGUCGAUCAGCCUCACUUUUCCACGACCAUCACGCUAGGCUGUUUUUAGGGACAAAGUCAUGGAGCUUCGCGUUGGGAGUAAAUAUCGCCUCGGGCGAAAGAUUGGAAGCGGCUCAUUUGGCGAUAUUUACUUGGGCGCAAACAUCACAUCCGGAGAGGAGGUAGCCAUUAAACUGGAGAGUGUGAAGACUAAACAUCCACAGUUACAUAUCGAGAGCAAGUUCUAUAAGAUGAUGCAAGGUGGAGUGGGUAUUCCCUCAAUCAAAUGGUGUGGUGCUGAAGGAGACUACAAUGUCAUGGUGAUGGAGCUUCUGGGUCCAAGUCUGGAGGACCUGUUUAAUUUCUGCUCAAGGAAAUUUACACUUAAAACGGUCUUACUGCUCGCAGAUCAGAUGAUCAGCCGAAUCGAGUACAUCCACUCCAAGAACUUCAUUCACAGAGACAUCAAACCUGAUAACUUCCUAAUGGGGCUCGGCAAGAAGGGAAACCUGGUCUACAUUAUAGAUUUUGGCUUAGCCAAGAAGUACAGAGAUGCCCGCACACAUCAACACAUUCCAUAUCGUGAGAAUAAGAACCUGACUGGUACUGCCCGCUAUGCCUCUAUUAACACUCAUUUGGGCAUUGAACAAUCUCGGCGGGAUGAUCUUGAAUCCCUCGGCUAUGUGCUUAUGUACUUUAACUUGGGUUCUCUUCCCUGGCAAGGCCUUAAAGCAGCCACAAAACGGCAGAAGUAUGAGCGAAUCAGUGAGAAAAAGAUGUCAACCCCCAUUGAGGUGCUUUGCAAGGGCUAUCCAUCCGAAUUUUCCACCUACAUGAACUUCUGCCGCUCACUUCGAUUUGACGACAAGCCAGACUACUCCUUCUUGAGACAGUUGUUCAGGAACCUCUUCCACAGACAGGGAUUUUCCUACGACUACGUGUUUGACUGGAACAUGCUAAAAUUUGGCUCCAGCAGGACAGCAGAAGAUAAAGAGAAGGAGCAGAGAGGUGAAGGAGAGGAGAGAGAUGAGAAGACAGGAGGUGGACCCCAGAGUUCAGCAGCUCGUGCUAUUCCCUCUGGCCCCAACCUCCCGGCCUCUAACAGGGUCCGCAAUGGCCCAGAUCCAGCCAGUUCCACACCUGCCUCACGUGUUCCUCAGUCUGGAAAUGCAUCUCCAAGAGCUGGUCGAGGAGCUGAGCGAGAACGGAGAGUCUGUUUACGGCUUCACCGUGGCGCUCCUGCCAAUGCCUCCCCUGAUCUCCCACUGCGCCAUGAUCAAAUCCGCAUCACUCCCCCACAGGUCAGCGUUCCAUUCGAACAUAUGGGGAAGUGAGCGCAUAUUCAGAGUCAUUUACUGUUUUUUUAGGAGGAUUACAACAGACAACUCCCCUAAAGCAUUUAUAUUCAUCUUUCUAUGUAAAAUGGGAGUGUGACACCGAGGCUUAAGUGUAGGCAGGAAUAAAGAAGAAAGGAACCACACUUUCGUAAGGGACAACGUGCUCCCCGUCCUCACGCACCGCAGAUUGUUGCUGUUGGGAUGAAACAUCGAAAACGCAGAUGCAUGAAUGAGUUGUGGACAGUGGAUGAGAAGGUUUCAUGAGGACCACAAGUUCUAGAUCAAAAUCAGUGGAAGUGGAAAAUGAAAUUUUUACGUCCAGUCUGAUAAUGGUCUUUACUCUGACUGUUCUCUGUUUUGUCUGAAAUGCUGGGAAAGAAAGGGACUUGCUUGUUGGAUUGUAAAGUUAAAAUUAAUUUUUGAUAGACUGUAAAAAAAUGUGUCCCUCACACUAUUACUUUAAACAGAAGAGUGUUGUAUGUUGAUACCUUACUGAUGUAUGAGGUUUCGUGGAACCAUCCUUUCCAUGUACAAUAUUAAAAUGCAAAAGUUAAGAAUUUCCAAGAUGUUGUAUACAGUAAAACUGGUGUUUGGCUUGUGCACUUAAUUGAAUGGAUUUGUAAAGAUUUUGUGGAUGAUCGUUAAAUUAUUGAAGGUUAUAAAGGCUCCAGUGAGCCUGAAUAUCAAAUUGAAUAUCAUUACAGGCCUGAAUUUCUCUCUUACAAAUAGAACAAUGUGGCUUAUAGAAAAUUUAAAAUGAUGACCUGUGCAUUGACAUUAGCAAUGAUUCCAUUUAUAAAUAAACUCACAUAUAUAUAAAAGUA